AAUAUAACAAACAAAAAACAAUCCCUGUUAAUGUUCAAUGCUUUAGCAAUACCUGUAAAUCGUAGGUCAUGCCAAUAAAGCUAUUUCAAACCUCUCCUCUCCUCUCCUCUCCUCUCCUCUCCUCUCCUCUUCUUAUAGUUUUCAUUGCCACAAGAGUUAGUUUCCAAUUCGUCAGACCGUCCAUAUUUCUCAAGCUCUCGAUAAGAUUCAAGAGAUUUGCGGUCUGAUGGCCAUACCACCGAAUUCUUACUGACUGUCGAACUUGAAGAGGUGAGGUAAGUCGGUCGAGCAUCGCGUGACGGCGAUAUUUCCGGGAACUUGAUCUUAGUUUAAGUCGGUACGUUCUAGAAUUUCAAAUUGCCACAGUUCUAGGAAAAGCAGAAAGUUUCUAGGAAAAGCAGAAAGUUUCUAGGAAAAGCAGAAAAUUUCUAGGAAAAGCAGAAAGUUUCUAGGAAUCACUUGAAUUCUCUGAAAAAGAGAAAACUCAUCGUGACAUGUGAUGCAUGGUUUCCGAGAACUCGCCUGACGUUACUUUCUUGGAAUAUUCUUAGAUGUUCUUGGAACAAGGUGCAGUAACUUCCUGUUAUUCAUAUUCUCGGAAAUGCAUGUCCUUUCGAUUCUCUUUACGAAAACUUCAAAUAAAACCUUAAAGCCAAUUUUCCCUCUUCUUUACCAUGUCCAAUCCAAGUGAGUGGACCUUUAAACUAUUGAUCUACGAGUCGGAGUACCGAGAGAUACAAGCAUGGACUUUAAAGCAUCAAGACCGAGAGACUGGAGGUGAUUUGUUUGGUUUGUGGGCAGACGAUUGCACUGCUGUGGUGCAACUCGUACUUGGACCCGGAGAACAUUGUAGAAGAACGUCGACUUCUUUCUACCAAGAUCUAGACUACCUCAAACGAAUGGGCGAUGUCUUGACUUCAGAAGAAGGACUGUGUCACAUUGGAGAAUGGCACUCUCAUCACACACUCAGCCUAAUGGAGACUAGUGAAGGAGAUGAGAGAACAAUUUGGUCCAAUAUGGAUAGAUAUGGACUUUCUCGUUUUUGUCUGUUCAUAACCAACAUACUCACUAAAUGGAGAUGGCAGUCUCUGUCCUCAGUGCCAGAUAAGACCACUGUGAAUGGGUUCCUGUUUGAAGUCGAUCGACGGCACCAACGUCGUCUCCCUGUACUGCAUGCCGAAUUCAUUCUCCUCCAAGAAGAAAGUCCAUUCCGUUUAAAAUAUAUUGGUGCAAUUCGUGAUGGAGCUGAGAGUUUAAAUACCGUACAAGACCAUCUACGUGUUGUAAAAAAGUGCCAGCAAUUGGAAUUAGAACUGAACAAAGUUCUUCAGGCUAAGCAAGAACUUGAGACAUCGCUAACAGCAGAACUACAAGAGACAAACAAAGAACUUCGAAUCAUCAAGCAGCAGUUUGAUGGACUCGAGAACACUUUAGCUGCAGAAAGACAAGUAAGAGAAGAAACAGAGAGACGACUUCACAGCAACGAGCAGAGAUCAAGUGAACUGCAGACAUCUUUAGCUGCACAAACACAAGCAAGAGAAGAAACAGCGAGAAGACUUCACGUCAGCGAGCAAAGAUCACAUGAACUUGAAACUAUACUGGCCACUGUCCAACAAGAACUUGAAGAGUCACGCAGGUCAAAUGAGCCAUCAUGUGACUGGAUUCUAGAUAGGAAUGAAAUAAGUCUAUCGGAUACAGAAAUUGGAGUAGGAGCAUGGGGGAGGGUGGUUGAAGGAACAUUUGGUGGAUCUGAAGUCGCAGUCAAGGAAAUUCACCAGGUUAUCAUGUCGCCUCACAACAGAAGACUUUUUGAGCGAGAGAUGAACAUAGCCUCUAAAUGUCGUCAUCCUUGUCUUCUUCAGUUCAUUGGUGCAACCAACGAUGAUCAAAGUCCUCUCUUCGUGACUGAACUACUGGAGACUAAUCUGAGAGCAGUGUUACAUGAACGGCCACUUGAACCUUUUGAGUUAACGACUAUUGCACUGGAUGUUGCCAAAGGGCUAAACUAUUUACACCUCAAACGUCCAGAUCCUAUUGUUCAUCGAGACAUCAGCAGUGCCAAUGUGUUGCUAUGGAAAAAAGGUGCCAAUUGGCGAGCAAAAGUGUCAGAUUACGGCACUGCCAAUUUCCUGCAAACGACGAUGACGGCUUGUCCUGGUGCUGUAAUCUACUCUGCACCUGAGGCACAUACAUCCAAGCAAUCACCAAAGGUUGAUGUGUACAGCUUUGGAGUUCUGUUAUGCGAAAUGAACAUUCGGGAAUUUCCCGAUGUAAAUAAGAGAAACCAGCAAAUAGCAAGGGUGACCAAUACUUUUCACAAAAGACUCAUUAGAAGAUGUUUGCUGCAGGACUCUAAGAAGCGCCCUUCCAUGGCAGAAAUCAUUGAGGAAAUAAAACCCUUGGCACAAAGACAAUCAAGAGAAGAAACAGAGAGAUUUUACAGCAGCAAGCAGAGAUCACAUGAACUGGAGACAUCUUUAGCUGCAGAAAGACAUGCAAGAGAAGAAACAGAGAGAAGACUUCACAGCAGCGAGCACAGAUCACAUGAACUGGAGACAUCUUUAGCUGCAGAAAGACAAGCAAAAGAAGAAACAGAGAGAAGACUUUACAGCAGCGAGCAAAGAUCACGUGAACUAGAAACAUCUUUAACUGAACAAACACAGGGAAGAAAGGAAUUGAAGGCAGCUUUGGAUGAAGAACAAAAGGCACACGAAGAAACGAGGAGAAACACUUUCGGUUAUUGGAGUUUAACUCGUAAUGAAAUAGCUUUGUCCGAUAUGAUAAUUACAGAAGAAGAAUGGGGGAAUGUGAUUGAAGGAAGCUUCUACGACUGUAAAGUUGCAGUAAAGGUAAUUCACCCGAGUAUUCUGCCACGUGCACGUACGCAUCGUGAUCGAAGUUUCUUUGAGCGGGAGAUCAAAACGGCAAUUGAAUGUCGCCAUCCUUGCCUUCUUCAGUUCAUUGGUGCAACGUUCGAUGAUCAAAUUGGUCCUCUCUUUGUGACUGAACUACCGGACACUAAUCUAAGGACACUUUUACAGGAACACCCAUUGGAGCCUUCUAACGUCACCACUAUUGCACUUGAUGUUGCCAAAGGAAUAAACUAUUUACACCAGAAACGUCCAGAUCCUAUUGUCCAUGGAGACAUCAGGAGUGACAAUGUGUUGCUAUGGAAAAAAGGUGGUGCUGGUUGGCAAGCAAAAAUAUCAGAUUUUUGUACUAACAAUAUCCUGCAACAAUCCAUUACGAAUUUUCCUCUUGACAGCAUCUAUGUUGCACCUGAAGCACAGACCUUCAAGUCUGUCAAGGUCGAUGUAUAUAGCUUUGGAGUUCUGUUAUGGGAGAUGAACACUGGUGAACUGCCCGAUAAAAAACGCAAAGACCAGCAAAUAGCAAGGCUGUCUUCGGAUUAUGAAAGUAUCGUUACACGGUGUUUGCGGGAAGAUCCUGAAAAACGCCCUUCUAUGGCGAAAAUCAUAGAGAAAAUUAAAACACUUCUGUGAAUGAACUACUCAAGCCUGCUUAGGAUUUGCUGCAGCUGGUACGUAGAAAUAACUUUAAUUCUGAUUGGCUCAGAAAACUGGUAGCCAACAUCACUUCGUUGUGCGGACUGAAAAAAGUGGGUUCAUGUACUACUACUGCACCAAACACCCAGCUGAGUUUUAAAAUAAUUGAGGGAGCUGAUGGUUCUCUUGACAAAUACGGAGUACCUAGUACAUGAAUUGUAGCGGAUAUAGAGGGAGGUCACGUGAUGCCCGUGCACCUCCUUUCCAGCUCAGAAUUGAUCGGUUGGUAUAAACAUUUAAAAAAUAUAGUUAAUUGAAAGCCGCAUCUUCGUUCUUGAUCUUGUGAAUCUCUCCCUACUCAAAAUCCUAGAUCUGUCCGUCGUACUUAUAGCCACGUUGAUGGUUGGACUGAAUAAUUUGGAGUCCUCAAGUCAAAGACGUCACGUUGCUCGGCUGGAAAACCACAGUUCUGGGUUCUAAACAAACGCCUUGUUUGGCGUCACUUUCGCCAAUACAUUUUUUGUUCGAUUUUUCUUGAGAAGAGAAGAAUGUUCUUAGAUGGAUCAGAGAAUGUCAUGAUGAAGCAACCUACCUUUUAAAGGGGUUCGUAUUUGUAAGUUAAAGGUUUUUAUUUCCGAUAAGGGUGCAGAACGAAUCCCCAACUCCUGGCUCUGCUCCCGGUUAAGGGUGACAAAUAUAAUAGAUUAUGAAUGGAUUGUGUAUGCCACUGAGCACUGAAGAAAGCUGCAAUCUGACCGCGGAUUCAAAUUUUGAGCAAUAAUUAACAGCAAACAUAAUUAACAGUAAAAACAUUUAUUGAGUGUCUAUACAAAGAAAUGAUGCAAGACAAGAAGCUUUUAUACAUGUACUCAGUCUCCUAAGUUGUACUUCUAGUCGUUUUAUUUUUACAUGUAAGCGCAUCUUAGAUUUUUGACACCAAUUCAGGGCUCAAAACUCUUUUACAAUAAAAAUCACCUUUAAUUUUUUA